AUGGCGGCAGCACGUGUGGAGUACUCUGAUCAUGGGGAGGGGGAAUGUAAAUCUAACCUGCUAGAGAACUUACAUUCACUCUGGCAGUUACAAAAGUUUUGUGAUGUAGAAAUAUUAGUUGAUGGAUCAAUUGUGAAGGCUCACCGUGUAAUACUGUCAGCGGGAAGCAAAUAUUUUAAGGCAAUGUUUACUUGUGGAUUAGCUGAGAAAACAACACAGUCAAUAGAAAUGAAGUCUAUGAAACUCAAUAUAUUACAACUGCUCGUCGACUUCAUAUAUACUGGAAACAUGAAGAUAACAGUGGAAAAUGCACAGGAGUUAAUUGCGGCUGCAAACAUGCUGAUAAUGUCCCGUGCUAUACGUGUUUGUACAGACUUUCUUAAGAGCGAACUUCAUCCAUCUAAUGCUUUGGGAAUUUACCGUGGAUAUAUGGACUUUUACAACCCCAUGCAUGAUCUUCUCUCAUACAAUCCUGUAACUGGGGAGUGGAGAGCGCUAGCAGGACGUGCUCCACCUCUCUGCAACUACACGAUGGGUGUUGUAGUUUUGAAUAACUUUUUGUAUUUAGUGGGUGGUCAAGAGGAAACAUCACUAGAAAGAAAUCCUUUUGAACAGAACAAAUGGUUUAAGUGUUCACCAAUGAAUUUUGAUCGAAGUAUCCCAGCAGUUGUUGCCACAAAUUCUCUGUUAUAUGUCAUAGGCGGUCACCGUCAAAAUGACCUUAGUAGACUGGUCGAGACAACAGAACAAGUGGCCCGGUGGCAGAGUGAAGAGAGCAAAGUCGAUGAGAGUAAACGGUCAAUCAGGAGGACGUAUUCUCAGGGAAACACCAAGAUGCCCCUGGAGAUUGAAUAUACAU